AUGUCGACCUCUGAUAACCCUGUAUCACCCCGGCGACAUAACUCGAAUCUUGAGGAGUACGAGAGAUCGAGCGAUGGGCGGCCGGUUUUCUUCCUCACGUACAGUGAGCUGAAGUUGCUUGGAAUUGCAGGGAUUGGGUUCUUCCUUGAUGCCUACGAUCUAUUCAUCAUCAACCCUGUGGCGACAAUGCUUCAAUAUCGCCUCUAUGGAGGAAAUCACUUGCCAGCAAAUCUUGAAGGGUUUGUCAAGGCUGGCGCAAAUAUUGGCAGUGUCAUCGGUCAAUUCGCAUUCGGUUAUGCUGCUGAUGCCCUUGGUCGCAAGGCUGUCUAUGGGAAGGAGCUCAUGCUCAUUAUCGUUGCCACAAUCCUUACAUUGACCACUCCAACUGGCACACUCUCUCCGGAUGGCUGCCUGAUCUACCUCGGUGUAUUCCGCAUCCUCCUCGGGAUCGGCGUAGGAGGGGACUACCCUAUGUCGGCAUCCAUCACCUCAGACCGUGCUAAUCUGCGGAAACGAGGCACGCUGCUAGCGUAUAUCUUCUCAAACCAGGGAUGGGGAAGCUUCGUCGGCGGUUUGGCGACUAUGGUCGUUCUGGCGUGCUACAAGCAGGUCAUGGAUACUGAGGGCAAGACCAGCAAGGUCGAUGGAGUUUGGCGUAUCGUUGUUGGAAUCUCGCUUGUUCCUGCAUUUGGGACACUGUAUCAACGAUUGACCCUACCUGAAGCCACGCGUUACGAGGCGUCGAAAAGACUUCACGAAGAGGAAACCGCCCUUGACGAUUUAAGCAAGGCUGCACAACAGGACGCCGACAAGCCGAAAGUCGGAGAAGUGACUAAAGACGGUGUAAAAGUAGAAGCGAAGAGCGAUGAGAAAUUAUCGCCCGAUUCAAGUGAAGAGGAUAUUACAGAGGUUGCCGUUAAGAAAGCGCAUUUUAGUGAAUUCAUCAAGUACUUCUCUGAAUGGAGGCAUGCUAAACUGCUCGUCGGCACAUGCAUGUGUUGGUUCUUGCUCGAUAUCGCCUUCUACGGCAUCAAUCUCAACCAAAAUGUCGUCCUACAGCAGAUUGGGUUCGAUGGUGCUGAAGGCACACCAUGGGAGAAACUGUUCAAGAUCGCAACAGGGAAUAUUAUCAUCACCGCCCUUGGUUUCGUCCCAGGCUACUAUGCGUCCAUCUUGACGAUCGAGUAUCUUGGCCGAAAGUGGAUUCAGAUUCAAGGGUUCCUGAUGUCGGCGUUGUUCUUGGCUAUCCUUGCUGGGAUGUUUGACAAACUCAGUACCGCGGCGUUCAUCGUCAACUUCGCUUUGCUCCAAUUCUUCUUUAACUUCGGUGCAAACACGUUAGUUUCUCGUUCACUCUUCAUGUUUACUUGGCUUGCUAACCUUGAGCGUACAACCUUAGCACCACCUACCCUUACUACACAGUGUUACCCUGCAGAAGUCUUCCCCACACGAUUCCGUGCGUUUGCACAUGGAAUCUCAGCGGCAGCGGGGAAAGCUGGGGCCAUCAUCUCGGCCUUGGCAUUCAAUAAGCUCAGCAAGGAAAUCGGCACUCCUGCGGUAUUGUGGAUAUUCUUCGGAUGCUGCAUCGCUGGAGCGGUGUUUACGCUCUUGCUUCCCGAGGUGAAAGGUCGUGACCCGGAUCUCAUUCUCAUCGAGGAGAUGAGGGCGGAGAGGGCCGCGAGGGAUGCUAGGUCUUAA